AUAAGUAAAUAAUAAUAUAUACGAUGUUUAUCUCUACGUUCCACGUUUUAGCAACAACCGUCUAGUUUGAGAGAUUGUCGAUCGUCGAUCAUCGAGUUUACUAUUUUUGUUUACAGUAGGUUUGUAAUUUAAGAAGAUGUCGGAAAGGAAAGUCUUAAACAAAUACUACCCCCCGGAUUUUGAUCCCACGGAUAUCCCUAAGAUGAAGACGCAGAAGAACCGACCGUUCAACAUACGUAUAAUGGCGCCCAUGAAUAUGAGGUGUGAUAACUGCGGGGAGUACAUCUACAAAGGGAAGAAGUUCAACUCUCGAAAGGAGGAUGUUGAAGAUGAGUACUACCUGGGGCUGAGAAUCUUCCGAUUCUACAUCAAGUGUCCCCGCUGUGUGUCAGAGAUUGCGUUUAAGACUGACCUGGAGAACACAGACUAUACCCUGGAAGCAGGUGCUACACGACUGUUUGAGGCGGAGAAACUUGCCAGACAGAUGGCUGAAAAAGAAAUCAAAGAUAAGGAAGAUGAAGAGCUAAAUAAUCCAAUGAAGAUUCUUGAAAACAGAACAAAGGCAAGUAGAAAAGAAAUUGAGGAAAUUGACACAUUGGAAGAGAUAAGGGACAUGAAUGCACGGCAUGCAAAGGUUGACCAUGAAGAGGUUCUGAAAUUCCACGCGGAGUACGAGAAACAGCUAAAGAGACUUCAGGAGGAGGAAGAGGAGAGAGAGAUAAGGGAGCUUUUUGGUGAGGUGAAUGGUCAGAGUAUUAAACGACUCCAUGAUGAUGAGGAGGAGGGGGAGGGGCCACCAGUAAAAAAGGGACCAGUCAGCACCACCAAACCAACGGACUUCCUGACCAGCGACGCACCAGGAACCAGUAAAGUAGGCACCAGUAAAGCAGCUAAGCCGGCAGUAUGGGAGAGAAGUAUAGGGUCUGUGGGCAGCAAAGCCUCGCUGAUGAAACUCGUCAAAAGUAACAAGAAGAAGGGAUCGGCAUCGACCGAGAAAUCAGAGGCGUUGACAGUGAAAUCAGACACAAGUGAGAAGAAGGAGAAUUCUAUGGGACAAAGUGGCAGCAGUGCUUCCUCCCGUGUAGACGGAUCAUUGGAGGGCGAUCAGAAAAAACAACAGGCAAACGCAGAUAAAACCCAGACAAAUACAAACUCUGGUCAGACCCAGACAAAAGGAGAUCAGUCAGGACCUGUUACGACAGCAGGAAGCUCAGCGCUGAGCAUGCUGGGAAGUUACUCUGAUAGUGAAGAAAGCGACAUCUAGUCUAGUGACCAUAUAUAUCUGGUGGUCAUAGACACUUAGUGGCCAUAUAUAUCUGGUGAUAGAUUGGUCCUAACUGUGUUCCCCGCUCCUUAUCUGAAGUUCAAGUCCUCCAAAUUCUGUAAGAAAAGCUCUGAAAUGAAGAAGAAAUCUGUACCAAGAUGAUUUGACUGACACACUGGGUGGUCAGGUGUACACCGUCCCUCAAUAAAACUCCAACAGGAAGCUAUGUCAUAGGUUCAGCCAGACAACUGUCAUGUAGAGGGACUUUUAUUAUUAAUAUUGUAAAAAAAAAUGUAUAUGUAUUUGUUAUGUAUGAAAAUAAACAAGAGACUACAAAGUU